CCCCCUGCGCAGGGAUGCGAGUGGAAGCGUCCUGGCCGUACAAAGACCGUGCAUGCGCACUGCCCCCCCAGGCUCCCAUUGUAGGACACCAUUUGUACGUUAGUUAACUCCUUUAGUCCGACACUGACUUAUACAGCUGUAUUUAUCUCGGUUGUCUUUUAUGAAUAAUCCAAAGCAGCAGAAGCCAACGCUAACUGGCCAGCGUUUUAAAACUAGGAAAAGAGAUGAAAAAGAGAAGUUUGAGCCUACUCAGUUCCAAGAUUCUAUUAUCCAAGGUUUGAAUGAAAAUGGCAGUGAUUUGGAAGCUGUAGCAAAGUUUCUUGAUGCUUCUGGAGCAAAGCUCGACUAUCGUCGCUAUGCUGAGACUCUAUUUGAUAUCCUGGUUGCCGGUGGGAUGCUGGCUCCAGGUGGUACCCUUGCGGAUAACGUGAACCGUACAGAUGUAUGUGUGUUCGCUGCUCAAGAAAACCUGGAGACCAUACGUGCAUAUGCUCAGGUGUUCAAUAAGCUGAUCAGGCGUUACAAGUACCUGGAGAGAGGAUUUGAAGAUGAGAUAAAGAAGCUGCUGCUAUUCCUGAAAGGUUUCUCAGAAUCUGAACGAACCAAGCUAGCAAUGCUGACUGGGAUUUUGCUAAGCAAUGGAACGUUAUCGUCCACUAUUUUGAGCAGUCUCUUUAAUGAGAAUUUGGUUAAGGAAGGUGUUUCGGCAGCAUUUGCUGUUAAACUAUUCAAAUCCUGGAUAACUGAGAAAGACAUUAAUGCAGUUGCUGGAGGCCUUCGUAAGGUCAACAUGGACAAUAGAUUGCUGGAAUUAUUCCCAGCUAACAAACAAAGUUAUGAUCACUUUGUUAAGUAUUUUACCGAAGCUGGUUUGAAGGAGCUUGCGGAUUUUGUCCGUAACCAGCAGUCUCUUGGUGCACGAAAGGAGCUGCAAAAGGAGCUCCAAGAUCAAAUGGCCCGUGGUGAUCCACUCAAAGAGAUUAUCACAUAUGCCAAAGACGAGAUGAAGAAAAACAGCAUCUCUGAACAGACGAUGAUCACUAUUGUUUGGAACUGUAUAAUGGGUGCAGUGGAAUGGAACAAGAAGGAGGAACUGCUAACAGAACAAGCCAUUAAGCACUUAAAGCAAUAUAGCCCUCUCCUUGCUGCCUUCACCACCCAGGGCCAAUCGGAGCUGACUUUGCUGCUGAAGAUUCAGGAAUAUUGUUAUGACAACAUUCAGUUCAUGAAGGCCUUUCAGAAAAUUGUGGUGCUUUUUUACAAAGUUGAUGUUCUGAGUGAAGAAGCUAUUUUGAAGUGGUAUAGAGAGCCUAAUAUGGCAAAAGGGAGGAGCAUCUUCCUGGAGCAGAUGAAGAAAUUUGUUGAAUGGCUCAAGAAUGCUGAAGAAGAAUCCGAGUCGGAAAGUGAAGAGGACUGAAAUUGCGAUCCAAUUGAAAUCAUGUUCUGUAUUUUUAAUAAACCACAGGGGUUGUAGAAUUGAAUUUCAGAGUUCAGAAAUUGAUUUGGCAUUCUACCUCCUGUAUUUUCUACUGUAAUAUCUAGAUGUAAAUUAAGGGCUUUACAGUGAUCAUACUGGUUUGUUUUAAUUUCAUUUUCUAUAUAAUAAAAGUUAUUGCAACAUCUGACUUGAAAGUCAGUUGCAGUUACUUUUUGACCAAUUGGAUUUUUGUUGCUGUUCUUAUGGGAGCUCAAAGCACUUGAUGGAACAACAAUGCUUUCUUGGUCAGGGGGCACACAUUUUACAUACCUUUUAUCAGUUGAACUUGAGGACCUAGUACUUAUCAGCCAAGUGACAAAACAUUGUAGGGAUAUAUUGCUGACCAGGGCCAGUUCACAAAGAAUACAUUUUUGUCUGAAAGAGAAUUUACAGGAGGAUGAAGUUUGAAUAUAGGACCAGUGUAUUGCAGUCUCCCUUUGGCAACACAGUUAUAUUUUGUCCAAUUCAAAAUUGAAUGCUUAUUCUGUUCUGACUAAAGUGUUUCAAUUUAUGACUUUAUGAAUGGAGACCAGUGCGUCUCAAUUUGUACAAUCCCAACGUUGUGGUUUAGAUCAAGUCAAUUCUUUUUGAGUGUCCUUAGAAAUUGGUUAACUUUAAAAGCACAGUCCAUCAACCCGCAAUAUACACCUGACUGCGUUAUUGGAUAAAUGGUUACAUUUUUUGCCUUCGAGGUACAAUCCAUGUGAAUACUUGUUUUUAAACCAUUUUUUGUAUUGCACAAUAGAGGGAUGGUUCUGGGGACUUCAGUCCUGCCACUAAGUGCUUUUCUUUUGGUGGCGUAAAGUUUACAGCCAGUUAAGGAUGCAUGUUUUCAGAUCAUGGUUAGAAAACAGCUCCAUGGGGUUAAUGUGUUAUUGAUGGUGAAACCUUCCCCAAUAAAAUUGUUAACUUUGGUUGUGUACCAAAAAAUUAAACUACUUUUUAUCAACCAA